AUGGGAAAUUGUUGUGCAACUUCGUCAAUGGAAUGGGCGGGAGACGAUUGGGGUUCGUUGACAUCAAAACAUAAUCCUAGGAUGAAUUCAAGCAAGGUGUUUGAUGAAGUUCAUGGAGUGAGUUCAGAGAACAAAGAGAAAGAGAAGCUUUUAGGUGCAUUAAGAGCUUCUUCGGAUGCUAAUGGGAAAGUGAAGAUUAAGAUAACGAAGAAAGAGCUUGCGGUGUUGUUGGGAGAGAGAAAGAAGCAAGGUGUUGGAGGAACAGGACAUGCUUCAGCUGAACAAGUUUUGGUUGGUUUGUUAAAUGCAAGAGAACAUGUUAACCAUGAUGUUCAUCAUAGGACAUGGAAGCCUGUGUUGCAGAGUAUUCCUGAGGUUAAUUGA